UCCAGGGAUGUAGACAGGGCAAUGUGGAAGAUAGAGUGUCUUGCCUAGGGACGUUUUGGCGUGGCAUUUGGUUGGGUUCAAACUCACAACCUCUCGGUCGCUACUGUGCUUAGUGCUAUUCGAGUUCUGACAUUUUUGCUGUGGAUGAAGGAUCAUUCUUUGACAGCUAUAUCAAAAAUGUUUUAAAUUAAAUCAACUUUUCAUGUCCACGUUUUUAUUAAGCACAGGCAAAGAAGUAGACUUUGUGUAUGGACCUUCGGCAUGGGAUCUUAGAUCUAUUAUAUAUAUUUAAGGCCUUGAUGAUGUCUGGUAGUGAAGAAGAUGUGAUAAUAGACAGUCAACAGGAUCUCUUUGUGUCACCGGAAAAGUCAGCACACUCUAAGACGGAACUUUCAAGUUCAGUACCAUUCAGCCAGAAAUCCACUCAGCCACCAUCACCGAUAAUCAUCAGUUCUGAGAGCGAGAGUGAUACUGAGGACUAUCCGCACAGUCCUGUCUUUAAGAAGAGGAGAGCUGCUACAGGUGUCAACCGGGGUGUUUACAGUGACGAGACAGUCAACCAGGGUGUUAACAGUUACAGUGACAGUGACGAGGCAGUCAACCAGAGUGUUAACAGUUACAGUGACAGUGACGAGGCAGUAGAUUAUCCAAACAAACUGGUCCCAGGGUUUCCAGACUGGUACAAUAUCAAAUACUCCGGAGACAGGGCCAUCUACACAUACGAGCUGAUGUUGGAAUACAAACGAGGGGACUUAAAAUUGAUUGUCUGACAUUUUUCUGUUUGUAAGGUAUUUUAGAAUAAUAACAUAUGUAUUAAAUAUACAGAAUUGUGUCAUUUUGUCACCCCUUGAAAGAAGUUGGUGUAUAUUGCUUUGUACAUG